ACUGAUACAGCAUCAGUGCUAAUGGAGGCCAUUGGAUAUAUUAAAUUUCUUCAACAUCAAGUUGAGACAUUAAGUGUGCCUUAUAUGAAGUCAUCUAACAAUAAGAAAUCAAGGACAACACAAGCGGUACCAGAUGAGGACAGAGAUGAAUCCAAGCUAGAUCUAAGGAGUAGAGGACUUUGCCUCGUGCCUUUGUCAUGCACUUCAUAUGUUACAAGCGAUAAUGGAGGAGUUUGGUCACCACCUAACUAUAGGGGAAAUGCUUGAAUCAAAUAUGUUGCUAAAAGGAGUUGUACAUACUUUAAAGCUAGCGACCACAUGUUGGUUAAUUGAAGAAUAAUUCAUUUUCUCUCUA